AUGGGGUCGGAGACCCCGGGGGCAAUCACCCGCCCUGGCAAGCCCCGGCACCGACCGCGUCCCCCCGACCCGGUCCUUGCUCGGUGGUGCGCCAGUGGCGGCCGAAGUCCCGGGGGGAUCCCCCCCGGCACUGCUGGAGUCUGUGGACUGAUGGCCGCUGGCCACUCCCCACGCAAGAUUCCCGGAGGCAGCCGCCCUGCGCUCUACACGGUCUUUGCGAGCGUGAGCGCGGGGUCCGGCCCCUCCACCCGAGGCCCGUAUGCCGCAACCAGCCCCCCCCCCUCCGGGCGGCCCGGCCGGAUUGCGUGCGGACCGGUGCCUAAAGGACUUAGUCUGGGCAAUUGGAUGGUCGUCUGCGUCCCCCCGGUGCGCCGGGGGUGCCGCGCCGGCCGGGCGCCUCGUGCGCCCCAACCUUCUAGCUAA